AUGGUUGCAGUUCCAACAACUGGGAUAACAGUCCCCCACGUUGCUCAAUUUUUCAAGAACAACCUCAUCGAACGCGUCCAAACUGCCCGCCCAGGAUCCCUCGACAUAAUCUUGUGUUUUCUGCUUCUGACUUUGGUCACCUUGUUCCUGAAACUCGCCCAAACCUACUUCUUCUCUUCAGUCAAGUCAUUUCCUGGCCCCUUCUGUACCAAAUUCACCGAUUCCUGGCGUUAUGUCAAGACAGCUAGUGGUCAGGCUCAUCUAGUGCAUGCUGAUCUUCAUCGCAAAUACGGUUCUGUUGUUAGGAUUGGACCAAACACGUUGAGCAUCUCGGACCCGUCUCUUAUUAAGACGAUUUACAAUACCAAGAAUCCAUGGAAAAAGAGCCACAUGUACGCUGUGCAAGAGGCUGUUCUUCCAGAUGGGACCCCUCAGCCCAAUUUAUUCUCAACAACAGAUGAAAGGUGGCACGCGAAGAUGAUGCGGCCGAUUAGUCUCUAUCUCUCAUCGAAUAAAAGCGUUCUGAGUACUGAGAAGUUUCUCGAUAGCUCGAUCAACUUGUUGAUCGAUGUCUUGAAAGAGAAGUUUGUCAACACAGCCCUUCCCUGCGAUAUUGCAGACGUUUUUAUACGCUUUUCGUGGGACGCUAUGGGAUACACAACUUUCGGUUCUGCUCUCGGGUUUCUCGAUGGCUCUCUCAAAAAUUCCGAGGAGCUCCUCAAAGAUUCAGAUCGGGAUUUUGACUACUUCACUAGAACAUGUCAAAUGCCGUGGCUUCAUUACUACCUAAAGACAAAUUGGAUUGCACGACGGUUCAAUGCACCACAACUCCAAUGGGCUGUCGACCUGAGCCUUGAACAUUACUUCAAGCGGCAACAGAUGCGCCAAUUAUCAGAUAAAAAGAAACCGGUCUCUAUCGAAGAGCAAGACUUUCUUGACAAAUACCUCGAAGCACAACAAAAGUACCCCCAGCUCAUUGACGAUUAUCAGAUGAUUGGCUAUCUCUUGACAAACACCGUAGCUGGUAGUCAUCCAACUGCAUACACUUUGACGGCUAUGGUAUACUAUGUCCUCAAGACCAACGGUGUGCUCGCCAAGAUCCGCGCAGAGCUUGAAUCCGCUUCACUGUAUGGUUGCAACGAACCGGUCAGUUACAAAGAUGCCAAAAAUCUUCUUUACCUCGAGGCCGUUAUCCGUGAAGCCAUUCGUAUCCACCCUGGUUUCGCUCUCGUAUUGGAACGUGAAGUUCCCGAGGGAGGUCUUCACCUCCCUGAUGGCAGAUUCGUGACCUCUGGAACAGUUGUUGGCAUGGAUGCAUGGGUGAUCAAUCGUAACGAAGAAGUCUUCGGUCCCGAGACGGAUUCCUUCAUACCUGAGCGCUGGCUACAGCUUUGCGGCGAAUCGAUCGAUCAUUUUCAUGUUAGACGUCAGAAGAUGUUCAACACCGUACUCUCAUUUGGUACUGGAACACGUUCAUGCUUGGGUCAGAGUUUGGCACUUGUGGAAUUGUACAAGACGGCAGCAAGCUUUUUUGCAAACUUCGAUGUUCAACUUGUGGAUCCUAAGCAAGAAAUGAAAGUCAUCUGUGCUUGGACCAUGCGUACAGCGGAUGUGCACUUGUACCUGCGCAGCACCAGUGACACAGCCGAAAAAUCCCUCAUUUCCGUAUGA